AUGAUUGAAGCUUUGUCGAUUCUGGGUAGAAGCUGCGUUUCUUUCUUCCGUAGUGUGACGUCUGCAUUUUUUUCUCUUUCUGGACCGGUCUGGCUGAAGGGGAAUGGCCGCGCUUUACACGGGGUUUUGCGGCGAAGGCCGAAGGACACAGAGUCCCGUUCACCGCAACCGCAGGUCUCUGUCGCGGCGUUUCCACCGUCCGCGGAGCCUCCCUUCUUCUCCUGGCCCUCUUCGGCUUCUGCACCGUCUUCCUUCGAGGAGUUAUUAACCGGUUCUCCCGUUGAUCACUUUCCACAAGAUCAUCCUUCGCUCUGGUCUGUUUCGAGGCAGCCGUCAGAACUGGCGCCGCUCCCGGCGCCCGCCUCUGUGUCCGCAGCUUCGGCGCCCUCGCCUUCGUGCCUACUGUGGUGCGCGACCCCGCCUGUUUCCUUUUCGCGGCCGGUUCUCCCUUUCCUCCAGCCGAACCUGCUUCAUGGCGUUUCCUUCCAACUUGGGCCUGAGUCUGCAGAGCGCCCAGUGUUGACAGAAGUGCUUCUGUCACCGGCGGACGUGUCUGGCGGCGUCGCGUGGCGUGUCAGAGUCGACGCAGGCGAUAUCUGGAGAGAGCCCGGGCUGCGCUGCCACGAUGCAGACUGGGCGAAGGAGGGAGUGGAGGGCGAAGAAGGAACUGCGUUCGAGGGCGACGAGGAGGGCGGGCGUGCAGCGGCCGAGGAGAGCAGAGAACGUGAAGCAGGAAAGGUAGCAGAGCAAAAGACACGAGAGGCUCAAGAAGAAGAGGGAAGGGAACCAGCAGGGCGGCCGAGAGGAGAUAGAGUACGCGGGUAUGAUGAAGAAAUCGCGCUGAGAGAAAGAGGUGUGAAAGGCAAAGAACGGCUGUGGAAAGGAGGCGCGACGGAGAGAGUGCAGAAGGGCGAGGGGACACGGACCCAGCAGCAAAGGGCUCGAGGGAAAGACACAGAGGAUGAACACGGGGGCUUGGAUAGAGAACGCAACCGAGACCGGGCGGAUGUCCUGCGGGGCUCUGUGAUAGUCUCAGAGGAUGAGGAUGAUCAGAGCGGUAUCAGCUUUGACAGCGAGCGCCGGGACGCGGCACGCGAUUUCCUCUCUCAGAUGGUAAACACUGGCGAAGCAACCGCCAAGUGGAGGGUGCCGCCGAGCCCUGGUGGUCGCUCUGCCUUGCCCCGAGAGCUCUCUGCCGGCGUCCCGAAAAGGGCACAUAAGCAAGACGAACUGAGUGCUGCCCCCUUUCCUGAACGCCCGGCCUACCUAGACAAGGGAUUUUCGUUUUUGGCAGCGAGCAGCAGUCCCGCAGACGAACGUCAUGAAGGCACGCGCAGUGAAGGAGGCAGGCUACGACUGCAGCGCCCCUCAAGGGAGAUGUCAGAGGUUGUUGUCUCCAUCUUUACGGUGGACGUGCGUGUUAGGCGAGAGGCUGUCCCGUUCCAGCGUGAGCCUUCGCCAUGGGAAGUGGGCGAAGCGCCGGCGGAUGGAAAUGAAGGGAGAAAGAAUGAUGUCCGGUUUGCUCCUGAGGGAAGAGGGCGAGCUCAGGAGGCAGAAAAUGUGAUCUCCCACAGCUGGAGGUUGCCAUUUACAUGUCGGCAUGUCCUGCAGAUGAAUCUGAGAGACAAGAAACAGAGGCACGAAGCGAGCGGACGCCGCUGUCGACGACGAGCAGACGUGCAGACGGCGAUACAGGGGAAGACGUUUCACCCUCGCCCUCCGGUGGAGUGCCGACCAAGGAAGAGGGGAAAGGAUUUGAAACGCCAAGCUCACGAGAAAGUGAGCGCCUCCUUUUGCGCUCUCCUCCAAACUCUCCGAGCCCUUUGUUCUUGUCGCAGGCGUCGGUCUCCUCACUCCCAGCAUCUUCGUUUGUGUCUCGCUCGGCUCCCUUCUCUGCGUGGCGCACCGCUUCCCGCGGCGCCACAAGGCCUCUCCUCGCGUACUGGAGCAUCUCCUUUGAUGAAAAAGGUGGCAACUGAGGGAAAGUUUGUGUACGAGGCGUCUCUGUUUCCUACAUGGAACUACCGCCCCGGGCUGCAUCUGGCGACGUGGAGUCUGGUAGAGCACAUGACAGUAGCCGCGGAACCAAGCGAUGACGAACCAAAUAGGGGCACACAACUGCAGCGCGUCCCGGUGCCUUCCCCAGUCGACGAGCGUCGUGACUACCGGGGUGAAGGCGAGGGAGGCCAUGCAGUGAGGAGAGCGGAAAUGCACAACAAGUCCCAAAUCCCUGACGGCGAAAGUGAAGGGAACGCUGCCGCGAGUAGCACUCAAGAGGGUGGCGACGCGUAUGACAGGAGAGACGGGAGACAAUUUACGGAGCGAGGGACCAAGACUGCUCAAGUCUCCGAAGGGAGUCACCCGAUUUACACUGGGCCGGGGCAUUCUGGAGAGCGUCAAAAAGGAGAGAAAAGUGGCGUCAACAACAACAGUAGAAUCCAAGUAGCGGUGGAGGUGCACAUCGUUGCAGACGAGGCUUGCGAGCAGACAUGCCACCGGGGACACUGCUGGCCUCUAACCUUCAUCGACGACUUCCGCGUUAGCUACUGCCGUUGCACUUUGGGGGUAGGUGGAGCGUCUUGCGACGUGGAGAUCCUGCCUCCGUGGUACGUCGCUGCCCUCACUGCCUGCCUCGUUCUCUCCAAUCUCGCCUUCGUCUUCAUCCUGCGCAGUUCGUGGCGGGACUUCUGCGCCUACGGGAGGAAUCUGGCGGGCGACGCGGCUGCAGUUGGCAGUGACUGCUUCACGGCACGCAGAGACGGCCCCCGCUGUGGUGGCAGGCUGGUCACCGGAGCGGAAUGGCACGAUGAUGGAGACUGUGCCGACGGCAACGAACACGAAGAAGAGCAACGAGGAGGACGUGCGCAAGUGACCCGUACAACGAAGUCGAGGACGCUGCAAGCGACCAAGUGGAGAGCAGGAGUCAGGUUGCUUGUGUUCGGGACAGCAAGUGCGUGGCAGAGUCUUUCCUCAGACUCGUUGUUCAGUCCUCUGUCCCUAGGCAAAUGUAAACUCCAGAUGGGGCUACCAGCGAUCGGUCUGCGUGGGCGGUUCGCCGCGAGUGGGACAGACUCUCAGCCGCAACCCCUUCAGAGAGGUAACAUCACUCACGUUAUCAGUCGAGCUCCUCCUCCUCGGCGGUAG